AUGAUGGAGAGCCUAUACGAAUCCUACAAAAUCCGUCAAAUGACAGUCAACGAUAUAAAAUCCAUAGAUAACAUAAAAUCCGAUGAAUUUACAAUUAUAUAUCCGGACCGGAUAUACCACCGGUUUGUCAAAAACUUCCCUAACUUAUCUCUUGUACUUGAAAUAAACGAUAAUAUGGAAGGAUUCAUUAUAGGUAGUAAUACAAUUGCCGAAGGUGUACAUUACGGCCAUAUAACAUCAAUUUUUAUAAGUAAAGGGUUCAGAAGAUGUGGGUUUGGCGCUAAACUCAUGAGUGAGUUCGAGGAGAAUAGCAAGAAUCUAAACUGUAAAUACGUGAACCUUUUCGUUAACCAUCGCAACACAACGGCCAUAGAAUUUUACAAGAAACUUGAUUAUUACGUUCAUGUCACAAUUCCUAAUUAUUAUGACGAUAAUGACGACGCAUUUGAAAUGCGGAAAACCCUGGUUUACUAG